ACGGUACAUACGUUGGAAACAGUUGCACAUGGAAUGACAGAAGUAUACACGAUGAUGUGACAAGAAUGUCAAAGGAGGAUCCACAGUAUCUACCUGUUCUGAAAAUACCAUGCAGGAUUAUAAGGAAUCCGACUUACUUUACUAAAUACCUACCAGAGCUAGAGAAACGCGAACUUAAUAAUAGCAGGGCUAGUGGAUCUUCUCCAGAGCCUAAUAAAGUAAAACUUCCAGCAGUUUUAGGAAAGGGCGUUCAAAAACAUGACAGCGAGAAGAGGAAAUCAACGUUUCGGUAUGAUACAGCAUAUGGAAAUGCAUUUCUAGUCAGACAAUUGUUAGAAAGACAGUUAAAUUUAGAUGACGUGGCAAACGUGUAUGCGAAGCAUUGUCCAACACCAAUAAAUGAUUAUUAUACAUAUAAACCAAAAGUUAAAAGACGAGAGAUUCAGCUUUGGGAAUCAAAGAAAGGUGUAAAACAUUAUCAAGGUCAAAUAGAUAAACGACUUGUGGAGGCAAAGCAAAGAAUUAACAAAACAUGGAAACGCGAGUUAAGGGAAUAUUUUCAAAAGGAAAAAAAGACAGAAAAUGUAAUUCUACGGAAAGCCGAAGUAGUGGACAAAGGAUUGAAAGCUUAUUUAAAGAAUGUGGAUAAGCAAAUAAAAAAAUACGAAAGUGAAGGGCACGUGAUAAAGAUAAAGGUAAAGAAAAAGAAAAGAAAACCUAACGAUAGGGAGGAAGUCACUAAACAAUUAAUUAACAAAUGGAAAAAGAAGGUCAAUUGGAAUAACCUCGGUUAGUUUUAAAAAGUGAUUUUGGAAUAAAUAUCUGUAUAGAUGAAAAUCGCAGUUUC